UGUUUGUCUCAAAAGUCCCAAACAUUUGGUUGAAGCAAUUUGAAUCUCUGAUAUAUAUAUACUCUUCUUCUGUAUUUGCACUACAUUUCCUUUGACAAUGGAGUACUGGUCUCCUCAAGAUGCCAUGAAAGCUUACCUACACACUCUUCGGCUGUGCAAAAUCCACAACUACAAGGAUUGUAAUGGUGGAAGCUCAAACUUGAUUGAACCCAAAUACUUCGAGUUUAUAUCAGCUUUGGCAGCUGGAAAGAGAGCUAGAUUAAUGGUGGAAAUCACCUCAGAUGGCAUAACUCCAUUAACAAUAGCACUAGCUGUUGCUGCAAAGCAGACAGGUGGGCGAUUCGUCUGUAUUCUUCCUGAAGAUUGCGUAGAGAAAAAUAGAGCUGGGCUUAUGGGAAAUGGUGAUGAUCUUGAAGACAUGGUCGAAUUUGUGUAUGGAAAUCCCUGUAAAGUGAUCAAGCAAUAUGUGCAUAUUGAUUUUGCAGUGAUUGACUGCAAGGUUAAUGCAGAUCACCAGAAGUUGUUCAAGUCUAUGAAGCUUAAUCCAAGUGGGUCUAUAGUGGUGGUGAAUAAUCUUCACCAUAGAAGGGAGAGAAUAUCAUUUCCUGAAGUUGUCAAGGGAAGGAUUGGUGGAGUUAAAUCUGUCACUCUUCCUAUAGGACAAGGAAUGGAGUUAACAAGAAUUGGAUCAGGUGGUAAGCGAGAGAGAAGGAGAUACAAUAGAUUUCAUGUAACAUUUGAGAAUUAAAAAUUUCAUGCUAUGCUAGAAAUUGUUCACGUGAUGUAUGUAAAGAGAGAAUUAUUGAAAGCAAGA